CCCCUCUUCAUUCGUAACUUCCCCUCCGAACGCUUCUUUAUAUCUCCUCUUUCCCUCCGAAUCCCGUCGAGAUUUAUCUCACCAAUUUGCUUCUUUGUUUCUCUUCUUGCAAAUAGACAAUCAAACAAUCAUGAUGGGUCUGGAGGCGUUCUUAGGGUUUGCCUCAAUCAGGGCGAGAAAAGAGAGGGAGAGCCUCGCCCGCUCCGACGCCGCCGCCUCAGACUGCCGCACCGCCAUACCCUCCUCCCUUCCCUCCGACGUAGAUCCCCUCCUCUUUCCCACUCCCCGCGGCGGUGACUCCCCUCCGCCGUCGUCCUCCUCCGUCCUCGAGCCGCCUUCCUACGCAGACGUUGUCUUCGGCCCCUUUGAAUCCAGCAAUGGCGCGUCCGAUCAGGGGCCCUUCCUUCGCCUCGAUGCCUCCCCCAGAUCUGUCCGCGCCGUCGCCUCCGAUUACCGCCGUAUCGCCGUAUCCGACCCGCAGACAGAGGUGGAGGCCUCGAACUCGCUCGUCCCAGGCGGGACGACCUACGUCACCUACCUCAUUACCACCCUCGUCCGUCCGGGCUCCGAUGACGCCGGCCCCGAGUUCAGCGUCCGGCGGCGGUUCCGCGACGUUGUGACGCUCGCUGACCGGCUUUCUGAGGCAUACCGCGGCUUCUUCAUCCCGCCGCGGCCUGAUAAGAACCUGGUCGAUAGCCAGAUAAUGCAGAAGCACGAGUUUGUGGAGCACCGACGGUUGGCGCUCGAGAAGUACCUGCGGAGGCUCGCGGAGCACCCGGUUAUUGGGAAAAGUGAUGAGCUUAGGGUGUUCCUGCAGGAAAAGGGGAAGCUGCCGCUGCCAACGACGACCGACGUGGCUUCGAGGAUGAUGGAUGGGGCGGUACGGCUGCCGAAGCAGCUGUUCGGGGAGUGGGCGGCCGCACAAGUCGCGCCACAGGACAUCGUCCAGCCUGCGAAGGGCGGCAGGGAUUUGCUGAGGAUAUUUAAGGAAUUGAAGCAGGCCGUGGUCAAUGACUGGAGUGGAGUGAAGCCAUCGGUCGUGGAGGACAAGGAGUUUUUGGAGAGGAAGGAGAAGAUGCAGGACCUCGAAUGGCAGCUGACCCCCGCAUCACAGCAGCAGGCUGAAGCUCUUAUUAGAUCACAACAAGAUGUCGGUGAAAUAAUGGGAGGGUUGGGUUUGACCUUCAUCAAACUGAUAAAGUUUGAGACUGAGGAGAGUGUAUACCGCUCGCAGAGGAUACGAGUUGCUGACACCAAAAAUGUAGCAACUGCUGCAGUAAAAGCAAGCAGAUUAUAUCAAGAAUUGAAUGCUCAUACUGUCAAACAUCUGGACACACUGCAUGAGUAUCUAGGACUAACGGUAGCUGCUCGCAGUGCAUUCUCAGACAGAACUAGCACUCUGUUGACUGUGCAAACACUAAUGUCAGAUUUAACAACCUUGAAUACAAGGGUUGAGAAACUUGAAGCUGCAUCCUCAAAGAUAUUUGGUGGUGACAGAUCAAGACUCCGUAAAGUGGAUGAACUAAGAGAAACAAUAAGAGUCACCGAGGAUGCAAAAAGCUGUGCAAUAAGAGAGUAUGAGAGGAUAAAGGCCUCCCAUGUGAAGGCAAUCCAAAGAUCACAAAGCAACUCUCAAGGAUUUAAGCAUUAGAUUCUUUACUUACAUUUAAAGCAAAAUUAUUUGAUUUGGGGUAUCGAUAUUUUUCAUGCUUAGAUGGUUUAAUUGACUUCGUUGCAUUUUAGUUAUACUAUUGGAUUAAAUGUUAGUAUUAUUUUUUUCCUUCUAUCAUCACAUUAGCAUCUUAUCCACAAACUAUUUGUAUGCUUGUGUACUUGAUAGAGGACACUCUUUUUUGCUGAUAUAUGACACAUAAAUGGGUAUCAAACAAUGCCACGUGCUUUUGGACAUCCUGGAAAAGGGGGAAGAAUCUGGAAAUAUGGCUGUUUGAUGUUGUUGAGUGGCAUAGGUCUUAAUUUAUGAGUUUUGCACUGUUGAUUAUAUUGCAACAUGAAGUCUGCUGUAACUUGAGAGUUUUUGAUGGAUUACUGAGAGAUAAAUUGUUAGUUCCGUACUCUGUUCUAGUCAUCCCACCCUUUGGGCUUGGGAACCUGCUACAAAUCCUGAUUACUCAGCUCCAAAGGUCGUUUGGUUUUUCACUCAGGUUCUUUAUGCUACUGUUGUUGAGGAUAGAUUUCUCAUAGGAACAUUUAAAUAGUAUCAUGCUAAAUAUGGCAACCGGUGGGAACCAAUGAGCAUGAUAUCAAUAAGCAUUUGCCUAGAAUAUGAUAGCCAGAUAUGUUAUAUCAACUGUAGAAACAUUUCUACUUGACUCUAAUUGUUAUUUCAUGAUCUUAAGAUGCUGCUGUUAAAAUGAUAUCAUUUUUAAUCCUACCUUGCUAAAUAAUAGAAUGAGAAUAUUUGAACCCUCUUCUUUUAUGGAAAUUCGAACUUUAUCUGUUACAAAAUCAUCUGGUGACGUUACCAGUGUAAUAAUAGAAUUGAGUACCCAUACCAGUGUAAAGCAUUUGUGCAUCUGGUGACCUUAACUGGAAAGGACUUAUCUUAAAAUAAAAAAAAUCCAAAAUCCAAAAGGACUUCAGGUCAAACAUAUAAGUGACCGGACCUUCUUUUAUGGGCCUCCAGUUGUCCAAUCAGCUAAUUGAGGUUGUCCUUUCAAUGACCAAAUGUAUGCUUUUGGUCUUAGAUCUCAAAUUGGGAGGUUUGAUACUUUAUGUGGGUUGCUUGACAACAAAAUUUGGGUUUCCUUUUAACUCUGUUUGGCUUUUGCUUCCUAAGACGUAUAUUCUUCCAAAACAAAUACAAUGAACUAUAUAGGAUAUAAUUUUGCAGAUAUCUAAGACAGUUGU